UUUUAUUUUUUCAGUUGUCUCCUAACGCGUAGCACAUGGAAUUUGCCCGUAGUGGGUGCGCGCCAUCAAGGACAUCAUCAUCAUCAUCAUGUCUGCGUGAGAAUGCUUGCGUGACUUCUGGAAUACCGACACGUUCCAUCAACAUGGAUGAGCCGGAGGGCAGCUCCUACGAAUCGACAAUAAGCGGAUCACCGGAAAUUAAGGAGAAGCGAUGGCUUCCCGUUCCCACAGUCAAGGGGGUCUUCAUGUUCGUCGGAGUGGUCAUGAUCAUCGCAGUGCUGGGAAUGGCCGGCUACAUCUUCUACAAGGGUCCUGAUGCAAAGGCUAACGGUCUCGUAGCAUCUAAACCUGCCACCAACCCACCUGCUAGAGUCCGAGCGGAAGAAGAUGCUCCAGUUGCCGUCGUAGGCGCUGAACGUAUGAGUACCAAGAAGGCAAAGACGUCAGGUUCUAACCCUUCGAAAAAGAAGAGGUCUGUUCCAGCGGGGUCCGCCAAGAAGAAGAAAACCAAGGUCAAGAAAGGAGGCCAGAAACACAGCUACACCCAGAAGGUGGGCCCUCAGAAUGCCCCGCUGGAAGCAGACGCCGACGAUGACGACGGAGAGAAAGAAGGCGGCGAUCAGGGCGCUUCCGAUGUCAAAACUAUCGCGACUCCAAAUGACGAACAAGAAAGUAAAGCUGAUGAUGAGAGGAACCAGAAAGGGCUGUUCGGCGGCGACCCCUCGUGCACGACCAACCACGAUCUCUACCAGUGCGCAGGCGACGAGCAGCUACAGAUGUUUGUGUCGCACCUGUGCAUGAGCAACAGCAAGGGGGCCACUUGCUUUGAAUGGCGACCGCAGCAAUUCUGCCUGACCAGCCAGUCGAACCGAUUUCGCUCCGCAAACGAGUGCGAGGAAAACUGCAGUGCGGACAACAACAAAUGUGGCCCGGUAGCGACCUGCGAGUGUUCCGGCAUGUACCGCAAGGUGAACUACAUUUAUGACAUGCGCCGCCAGCGCUGCCGCCUGAUAGCGCUGCACGAGUGCGUCGAGGCGGACGUGGGAUUCGCCGACUCCGACGAGUGCCAGAGCACGUGCGGCAGCGACACCUCGAAUGAAGACGCACGCUGCAAGCUUGCCGCGCUGGAGGAACUGGUGCGCCCGUGCCUAUGGGACGACAAGCUGUACACGCACUACUUCGAUGCGAAGAGUGGCAAAUGCCAGCCCUGGGACGAGAGCGUGUGCUCCUCGACGGUCUUCAGGAGGUUGAGCGACUGCUUCAGCGAUUGUCCUCGCGGAGUGAUCAGCGAUGCCUCGCGGAAGGGGAACGACACCGCGACAGGAGACGGCCGUCGCGUAGUGCGUGGGCAGCGAGAGCUGCCGCCGCAAAAGUGACCACUCCUCAACUUUCCUCGGCCAUUCUCUCCCAUUUCUUUGUUACCUCCUUUUGAGCGUGUGACCAUGUGUGGCUGCAGACCCUGUGCGCGGCUUACCGUCUAAUAAAGUGACCUACUUGGCACGGAGGCUCAUUAGACGUGGCGCUCGACACAGCAAGAA